AUGUCGGUAUCAUUACAAUCAGCUUUAGAAUUGGUUCAUAAAGCAGUAUCAUUAGAUAAUAGUGGAAAAGCACAAGAAGCAAUUUCAAUGUAUAGUAUUGCAAUCGAACAACUAAAGCAAGCCAGCCAAACCACCUAUGACCAAAAUACCAAAAAUCUUAUCGAGUCUAAAAUAUUAGAAUAUCAAAAUAGAUCAAGUUUUUUAAAAUCAUCAUUACAUUUAGAUUAUAAUAACAAUACUGUAUCAAACUUCCCCUCUCCUCCACAAAAUAAUAAUAAUAUUAAUAAUAACAACAAUAAUGGUAGCGGUAAUUUAUUGGAUCAAGCUUUAAAAUUUGCAAAUGAAGCAAUUGGGUGCGAAUCAAGUAAUAAUAUUCAAGGUGCCAUUGUAAACUAUAAAAAAUGUGUAGAACUAUUAGAACAGGUUUCUAGGGACGAAAGCAAUAUCGAAACUAGAUUAUUUUUAAAUCAAAAAAGACAGGAAUAUCAAGGGAGAUGUGAAUCAUUAGAACUCACAAUAAGUAAUAGUAAUGGUUUUGGUAAUAGUGGAUCAUUAAACUCAACAAUGACUCUGAUGAAUAACAACAGUAAUAAUAAUUUAAAUAGUAUAAAUUCAAAGACCAGAAGUCAAUUUUUAAAAAAUAAAAUUCAAUAUAACCAAAAUAAAGUAAAUAAUGAAUAUGACUCAAUACCAUUAUCACUCAAACCUGGUCAAAAGUAUAAAGACCCUGUUAGAAAGAAGAAUGUCUUAGAACGUUUAUCUAAAUCAAUUAAGGGUCCAAAAAAUAUAUCCGAUCAUUGGUUGUAAUCAAUAAAUAAAUAAAUAAAUAAAUAAAUAAAUAAAUAAAUAAAUAAAUAAAUAAAUUAAAUAAUUAAGUAAUUAAAUUAAAUAUUUAAUUAAAUUAAAU